ACACUGUGCAAGUAAAUCAGUUUUAGGUGUUAUGUCAUUUUGGUUGCCUUUUGGUUUAUGCAAUAUUUAUCUUUACUAAAUAAUAUAGAGCUGUAGAAGGUGUUUUGCAUACAGUGUAUGUGUUGUUUUCAGUCUUCUACUUCCUCUCCAUCUGUGCAUAAAAGAGGAAGUCACAAAUGCUUCAAAACAUGUCUGUGUAUCUUGCACUAUUUCAGUAAUAUUGUUGUUGAUCUUUGUAAUUCUGUGUGUAAUUCCAUGUUUAAAGUAAUUCCAUAUGAAGUGAGUUUCAGUGCAGUUAUUGGGGCCUUAGAGCUCAUAUCACUGAUCAUGCAACAUGUCCUUUUUCCUCUUUCUGUCUUAUGUCCAGUCACGGCUGGUUUUCAAGUUCAGCAGAAGCCCAGGUUUUACGGUGUAAACGUGGGAAAAGUGGUGGUAUUUACAUGUUCUGCUUCUGAUCUCACCCUUGGUGAUGCAGUGGUGACAUGGUACAAGAUUGAUAAAUAUGACAAGGAGAAAGUGUCCAAUGGUCAAAUGCAUCUAGUCAAAAAUGGCAGAUCAGUGCAGCGUUCAGGUAACAUGAAGGGUCACUUAACCAUUGAGAAUGUAGAGGUCGAAGACAGCGGCAUUUACUACUGCAAGAUGAACCAGACUUGGGGACGUGGAACAGAGCUGCAAGUAUUCAGACUGACCAAACAAAAAGUGGUUGAAAGGAGGAACAACAUGAAAGACAUGAUCAUUUUAUUCCAGGGUUUUCUCCUUAUGUUGUGUGUAAUCAUUCCUUUGGUCUGGUAUUACAGACUGGAGCAAAAAGAGGAAGCCGUAUAUGAAGAGCCUGAGCGUGAUCAUACAUAUGAGGGUUUGGAGAUCGAGCACUGUGGGGACCUCUAUGAAGACCUAACUGCAUUUGCUCAAGAGCCAGACACAGACGCAGCCUGGGAAGUCGAGUCUCCAGAACAAGAGUGAUAAAGUCAUGAUGCAGAAUACAUAUCAUGUAGUAGGCCAUCAGAAUUACAUGAUUGUCUUGGAGAAAGUUUUAUUGUGGAUUGAAAAAUUAGGACUACAUCACACAUUACAUAUACAAUAUAUAAAAAAUUAAGCAGAGUACACAAGGUAUUUUAUUUUUAUUUACAUCAUGUACCAUGCUGAUUUUUUCCUACAUCCACUCUAUACAAUAUAAUAUAUAAUAUAUAAUAUAACAAGCCUUGCACUUACAUAGUACUUAGUUUCUUUUGUAUUCUUUUGUUUCAUUAAAUGGCAAUAUUCAAUAACUUUUUUAUUCACCAGCUUAAACUUGGUUUGUUGAAGCUAUUCAUUUUAUGGUGCUCUAUAUAUUAGUAAUGAAAAUAUUUUAUAAAACAGAUGGAAAGGACCAGUUUUGAAAUUUGUUCCACCGGAAUAAAGACAUGUGGCCAUCAUCUGUGUUCUCUUUCACUUCAUAUCUAUUUCCAAACAUGCGAUCAUGAUGUUUAGGUGAUUUUCCACAGCGCCAACCAUUUACACAUAUUUUAAAAACCUCGCACUCCCACACAUGCUCAAACGUUACGAUAUUAACUAAUAUGUCAAAUAUGUUAACUCAAAACUAAUAACGUGCUUAUAGAUAUGCUUAAAGGACAUACAUGCUAAAAGUAUCAAAAUAUGCGUUCAUGUUUAUAGCAAUAUGAACCCAAAAUACACAUCUAAAUACAUAACAGAUGCAAAAUGUACAACUAUAAGAUGGUAAAAACAAUUCUACAUCUAAAGUAUUAAGUUGCUAAGAGAUGCUAAGUGUAUAGGAAGACAUGCUAAAAUGUUUUUCACUGACGAGACAUUUAUUUAGCAUUAUUAAAGGACUUUAUUUUAUAAAGGAUAAAAAGAGAGAGGGAAUGGUCAACUGUGUUUAGUGUUAAUUUGUUUCACUGACAUUACACAGCUUUAAAUGUAACUACAGAUAGAUAUAAGGUAUAAUGUGUUGUUUUUAAUAAAUGGAAUUAAAUUAAUUAUAUUGUAGUCAUCUGCAAAAUGUUGUAGUAUAAGAGGAAUUUGAGAUCUGCAGUAAAAUAGUAAUAAACUUCAGUGUGGUAACAGCACAGUAACUUCCUAUAACACUCCUUCCUAUAACUUCCGUUUCUUAAAACAAAAAAACAGAAAAAAUAUAUUAUAUUUUUUACUAUUACUAUAACUGCUAUAGUGGUA